AUGAAGGGCUUCAUCGGCGGAAUCCCUGUGGCACUGCUGGCAGUUGCUGCCCAGGCCAAGUUUGCUGAACGUCACGAGAAUGACUUUCAUCCCCAGGCUGGUGGCACCGCCAUCGGUGGACCUUCUGGCAAUGAUGGCCACUUCCACCCCCACCCCCACCCCCAGACUGGUGGUACCGCCAUCGGUGGGCCUUCUGGCAAUGAUGUUGACGGUGGCUUCGUCAGCCCGUACUCCGCUAAUAUCAAGACCGAUACCAAGGUCAACGAGUGGGAGAAGGAUGACCACUCCAUCAAGCUGAAGCACACGGAUGUGUACCCUCGCCCUCCCGUGGUGCCUGUGCCAUUUGGCCACGGCCCCCAGGUCCCUGGAAUGGGACCCUUCGCAAACGGAAAGCGUAGUUUCCCAGGUGGAACUGCGAUGGGCGGCCCCUCUGGCAACGAUGAGGGUCAGAGCUUCGAUAUGUCUGUGACUGGUGUCUUCAACACCGAGGUCGAAGAUGAGAACCAGGAUGAUCACUCCACUGACAUCAAGAACACGGAUGUGUACCCUGGCGGCUACCCUUACGCUAAGCGCUUCGGCCCCCCUCACGCGGGUGGCACCGCCAUUGGUGGUCCCUCCGGCAAUGAUGGUGGCCAGAGCUUCAGCGCUCCCACUAACAUCCACACUACCACUGGUAUCAAUGAGCACAACGAGGAUAGCCACUCCAUCGACCUAGAGCACGAGGAUAUCUACCCCCGCCCUCACUCUGCCUUUGCUCCCUUCCGUCGCUCUGAGAACUUUGGCCCUCCCGGCCACGGCGGCCCUCAUGGUCACUUUGAGCCUCACUAUGAGCCGCACUACGAGCCUCACCCGGAGCCUCACUUUGAGAAUCACCCUGAGCCCCAUGUAGAGCACCACCCGGAGCCUCAUUAUGCGCCCCAUUACAGCCCUAGCUAUGAGCCUCACUAUGAGCCUCACACUACCCUGGAGCACGAGCUUACUGCGGCGCACGGCAACAACAACGGCCCUUCCGCUGGCGCAAUUACCUUCGGUCGCCGUGGGUUCCCUGUCGGCCCUGCGUCUCACUUUGAGCCUCACCCCGAGCCUCACUUUGAGAACCACCCCGAGCCUCACGUAGAGCACCACCCGGAGCCUCACUACAGCCCUAGCUACAGCCCUAGCUACGAGCCUCAUUAUGAGCCUCACACUACCCUGGAGCACGAGCUCACUUCGGUGCAGGGUAACAACAACGGUCCUGCUGCUGGUGGCAUCUCCUUUGGUCGCCGUGGGUUCCCUGGCCUCGAGUCCCACUUCGAGCCUCACCCUGAGCCCCACUACGCUCCUCACCCUGAGCCUCACUUCGAGCACCACCCGGAGCCUCACUACAGUCCUAGUUAUAGCCCUCACUACGAGCCUCACCACGAGCCUCACACCACAUUCGACUAUGAUCUCACUUCGGUGAAGAACAACAACAACGGUCCUGGCGCUGGUGGCAUCGCUUUCGGUCGACGUGCGUUCGCUCCUCCCCCCGUCAGUGGUGGUACCGCUAUUGGAGGCCCUUCUGGAGAUGACGAGGGCACUGGAUUCUCCGCUCCCACCAACAUUGACGUUGCCACCGGUGUGGACGAGCACAAUGAGGACAACCACGCCAUCGACGGCGACUUCGCCCACGUCCACCCUCCAGCUGAUUACCGGGAGGAGACUCCCCAGUGCGCUGCCCAGGUGCAUGAGGUUGUCCACACAGUGACCAAGACCCAGUACCAGACCGCAAUGGAGACCAAUGCAAUCCCCCUGCACGUUCCCCAGAAGUCCGUCGCGGCUGACCCGUCUGCCAACUACCCUGAGAACCCAGUUGGGGCUGACCCAUAUGCCAACUACCCUGAGAACCCCGUUGGCGCUGACCCAUAUGCAAGCGACCCUGAGAACCCCGUCGGUGCUGACCCUUAUGCCAACUACCCCGGUGUCGACGCCAACGUUAUCUCACCAUCUUCUCCCGUCUUUGGUUCUGAGGAUGUCCCGUACGCCCUGCAUGGGCCCGCGGCCACCCCUGCCGCCGCCUCUAGUGCGGUCUACAACUACCCCCAGCACUCUGCCGGCGCCGACCCUUACGCUCCUCACAAGUAUGCUUCCCAGGGUCCCUCGUACUCCAAGAUCGCCGUUCAUGUGCCCAUGGCCACCCCUGCCUCGUAUGCCUUUUUCUCCAAGGCUACCCCGUCUAGCAGCAUGGGCAAGAUGAUCCCUACUGGCGCCGCAGCUGAGAAGGCCGCUUCUUCUUCUGCUUCCCCGUCGGCUUCUGUCUCUCAUGGAAUGAUGUUCCAAGGUGACGCCGCCCGCCUUUCUGGGGGUAUUGUCUCGGCCGCCGCCGCUGUCAUGGGUGUCCUUGCCUUCAUCCUAUAG